UCUGCCACCAUCCCAAGCCUCCAAGGCCGUCUCGCAGCGACCAAAUUCCUCCGUGUUCUAUUGCUCGGGACUGCGGGUAAUAGCCAGAGAGCGAAGCUUCCGAUAUACAGCGUUACAGCACAUUUCAGUUCAUAGAACAUCGAAUCUUAACCAACGGUCAAACUCGACGAAGCGCUUCGCCGGCACGCACACCUAGAGAAAUUGCUUGAAACACAAUCUCAGCAUGGGCGCUUUCUCUGAGAGUGACUUUGACGCCGUUGGGGGCAAAGUGUUGAGCCCGUCCACGCUGGCGCACGUCGUCCUACGCACCAGCAACUCCAGGAAGAUGGUUGAAUUCUAUGUGAAGUUCCUGGGCGGCACUAUCACUUUUGGCAACGACUUCAUCUCCUUUGUCACUUAUGAUGAAGAACACCACAGAAUCGCGCUUAUCAAUAUACCAGGCUCAGAGCCUAAAGCUCAUGCUUCUGGCCUAGAGCACAUUGCUUUCACUUUUCCUACAUUGUCGGCAUUACUUCUCGCACACCGACAACGUAAAGCUCUGGGAAUUUUUCCAUUCUGGUGCGUCAACCAUGGACCGACGACUUCUGUCUACUACAAAGACCCCGACGGCAACAAGCUUGAGACGCAGGUAGACAACUUUCCUACCGUCGAAGAAGCCAACGAGUUCAUGAACGGUAGCUACUUUGCCGAGAACCCUAUUGGUACCGAUUUUGAUGCAGAAGAAUUAUUACAGAAGAUCAAGGAGGAAGUGCCGGACGCUGAACUAAAGAGGCGAGUCGAGAUAGGCCCAAGAGCUCUCCCUGACUUGGGUUCUAUGUAGGACUACGGUUUGGCUUCCCCUGGGACAUAAGUGUUUGUCCUUAGACACAAUCAGGUAUACCACCAGUACUGAGACCAAAAUUCAAAGCCACUCAGAGUCUCCCGAUUUAGUUCGUGGACUGUCACGGAGACAGUCGGGCGUAGCAG